GAAUGUCUAUGAGUACUUGAAAUUCAGAUGAACGGUGAUCACAGCAUUUCGACAUGUGUUCCACGUGAACCAGAGGAUAUUCACGGGGACGGAAGAUGGUUGGCUCAGCAUGCCAAUCAUAUGAAGCGGGUAACCAGAAGUGACCCUGAAAUUGUUUUUGUCGGAGACACGAUACUGUACCAUUUGGGGCUAAACUCUGUCUGGAACAAAGUGUUUGCUCCUAUGCACGCAGUUAACUUUAGUAUCCCAGGCGAUGGAACUCAGAAUUUGUUGUGGAGAAUACAAAAUUGGGGAUCCACGUCAGCCACUGGAGAAGCAAUGGGUACUGGAGACGAAAUGAAGCCCAAAGUUUUUGUCGUUCACGUUGGAACGGAAAUGUAUACUUAUAAUGUAGAAGAGAUUGUAUCAGGGAUAGUUUCUGUAAUGAGAGCCUUGUCGGAGAAGUAUCCAAGAUCCAAACUGCUUUUUAUGGGACUGUUGCCCCGAGGACCCAAGCCUAAUCGACUGAGGGUGAAAAAUGAUGAAAUCAACAAGCAGCUCAGUGUAUUGUUGACUGAAAUUCCAAACUCAGUGUUUAUGGACGUAGACGACUUAGACUUUAUUCAAUCAGAUGGCCAAAUAGACGAAGGCGACAUGUCAGAUUUCCUGCACCCAACUACUAGGUGCUACGAGACCAUAUGUCUCAAACUGUUAGAAGUGUUCAAAACGACUUUGACAGAGACGAAUCUGCUGUUCCCUAACGAGUUAACAGAUGCCUUCAAAGCAUUAGUUUCGUCUGACGAUGAAAAGUAGUCCUCAAAUUGGGAGUGAAGUUAAAUUUUAAACCUUAAUAAGUAGUAUGUGUUUGUCUCUAAAUGGAUGAGUGACUGUUUCUAGCACUAACGUGUUAAUAUUAUUAUUUUCUCUAAAGAUUAUUGCUGUAGCUUAACUUAUUUUGAUGUGGGUCAGAAUCGGUCACCUGUAAAAUAUCUACCCUAAAUUUUUGUUUUUCGAAGCUGAACCAAUUUAAAUAGUUGAUCAAUUUAUGUCGAAAGACUUUGUUUUUAAA